CUCCUGGCAGCCUGGCUUUAUGACUUCAUGCGCUGAAGUCAUGCAGAGACAAUGCCAAGCGUUCCACCCGUCCGAGUCCAGCCCCGACCCAGCCAGACGGCUCCCUGCACUGUAAAUGAGGAUGAUGCCUGCUGGCUCACGUGGGGAGGGGAUGUAGAGCGCAGCGGCACCUGCCGCUCCUGGCACCAUGGACGAUGCCGCUGUCCUAAGGAAGAAGGGUUACAUCGUGGGCAUCAACCUGGGCAAGGGCUCCUAUGCAAAAGUCAAAUCCGCCUACUCCGAGCGCCUCAAGUUCAAUGUAGCAGUCAAGAUUAUCGACCGCAAGAAGACGCCCACUGACUUCGUGGAGAGGUUCCUUCCUCGGGAGAUGGACAUCCUGGCGACAGUCAACCACCGUUCCAUCAUCAAGACCUAUGAGAUCUUCGAGACGUCAGAUGGGCGUAUCUACAUCGUCAUGGAGCUUGGGGUCCAGGGGGACCUCCUGGAGUUCAUCAAGUGUCGGGGAGCCCUGCACGAGGACGUGGCGCGCAAGAUGUUCCGCCAGCUCUCCUCGGCCGUCAAGUACUGCCAUGACCUGGAUGUUGUCCACCGAGACCUCAAAUGUGAGAACCUUCUCCUCGACAAGGACUUCAACAUCAAGCUGUCUGACUUCGGCUUCUCAAAGCGCUGUCUGCGGGACGGCAGUGGGCGCAUCAUCCUCAGCAAGACCUUCUGUGGGUCAGCGGCCUAUGCUGCCCCAGAAGUACUGCAGGGCAUCCCCUACCAGCCCAAAGUGUAUGACAUCUGGAGCCUGGGCGUGAUCCUCUACAUCAUGGUCUGUGGCUCCAUGCCCUAUGACGACUCUGACAUCAAGAAGAUGCUGCGCAUCCAGAAGGAGCACCGAGUGGACUUCCCCCGUUCCAAGAACCUGACGGGAGAGUGCAAGGACCUCAUCUACCGCAUCCUGCAGCCAGAUGUCAACCGGCGGCUGCACAUAGAUGAGAUCCUCAGCCAUGCAUGGCUGCAGCCACCCAAGCCCAAAGCCAUGUCUUCGGCCUCCUUCAAGAGGGAGGGUGAGGGCAAAUACCGGGCUGAGUGCAAACUGGACACCCGGCCUGGCUCGAGGCCUGAGCACCGGCCUGACCACAAGCUGGGAGCAAAAACCCAGCACCGGCUGCUGGUGGGGCCUGAGAACGAGGACCGAAUGGAGGAAAGGCUGGCCGAGACCUCCAGGGCGAAAGACCAUCAUCUCCCCGGAUCUGAGGUGGGGAAAGCCAGUACCUAGGGUGCUGAGGGCCUGGGGGUGUGGCGCACGGUAUGCACCCACAUAAACUAAGUAGGCAGGUAGGAGCUGAAGAAGGCACAGGUGCAAGGAACAAGUAAAGUCCGUCAAUUAAACCGCUAUUUUGAUUA